AUGGCUGCAACAUCGGCAUGUGUAGUGGGAAAUGGUUUAUCUACAAACAGCACUCGAACAAGUUUGAGCAAGGAAAUUUAUGAAAAUCAGUUUCUCCAAUCGACGCGCCUUCCAUCAUUGAUUAAGACAUCAAAAACAAUCACAGUAAGAGCAUCAGUGGAUCAAAGGCCAAAUGAAGGAAGAAGAGCCUUUCUAAAAUUGUUGCUUGGAAAUGCUGGACUUGCCACUCCUGCAAUACUAGGCAAUGGGAAAGCUUUUGCUGAUGAGCAAGGUGUUUCUAACUCAAGGAUGUCUUACUCGAGAUUUUUGGAGUAUCUGGAUAAGGAUCGGAGAGUUCGUGUACAACUCCCAGGACUCAGCCAGGAGCUCCUUCAGAAGUUCAGAGAAAAGAAUAUUGACUUUGCAGCCCAAAAUGCUCAAGAGGACUCUGGUUCUCUUUUAUUUAACUUGAUUGGAAACUUGGCCUUCCCUCUUAUCUUGAAUGGGGGUCCUUUCCUUCUCUCAAGACGGUCCUCUGGAGGAAUGGGCGGUCCUGGUGGGCCAGGUAUUCCUCUUGCCUUUGGUCAAUCAAAGGCUAAGUUCCAGAUGGAACCAAACACUGGUGUAACAUUCGAUGAUGUAGCUGGAGUAGAUGAAGCAAAGCAAGAUUUUAUGGAGGUUGUAGAGUUCCUGAAAAAGCCUGAGAGGUUUACUGCUGUGGGUGCGCGUAUCCCUAAGGGAGUUCUGCUCGUGGGUCCUCCAGGUACUGGAAAGACGUUGCUAGCCAAGGCAAUUGCUGGGGAGGUGUUCCAUUUUUUUCAAUAUCAGGUUCGGAGUUUGUUGAGAUGUUUGUUGGUGUUGGUGCCUCACGAGUCCGUGAUCUUUUCAAGAAGGCCAAGGAGAAUGCUCCCUGCAUUGUAUUUGUCGAUGAAAUUGAUGCUGUUCGGUGUCAAAGGGGAACGGGAACUGCAACUAACCCGUGCUGAUAUUCUUGACUCUGCAUUGUUGAGACCUGGAAGAUUUGAUAGACAGGUAACUGUUGAUGUCCCAGAUACUCGUGGAAGAACAGAGAUCUUAAAGGUCCAUGCUGGUAAUAAGAAGUUUGAUUCUGAUGUAUCUCUUGAAGUGAUAGCCAUGAGGACACCUGGAUUUAGAGGAGCAGAUCUUGCUAAUCUCUUAAAUGAGGCUGCUAUUCUGGCAGGUCGACGUAGAAAGCCCACAAUCUCAUCUAAAGAAAUUGAUGAUUCAAUUGAUAGGAUAGUAGCCGGAAUGGAAGGGACAGUUAUGACAGAUGGCAAAAGCAAAAGUCUCGUAGCAUACCAUGAAGUAGGCCAUGCCAUCUGCGGGUAA